ACAUGCCGCACCAAUUUGGGUCCGGUUUGACGUCACAUAGCUUAGUUACAGAAAGCGUUUCUACUGAUUUCAUCACUGAAUUGGUUUCUUAUACCUCUAAGAAUGCCCGGGUUACUAGAUUUAUUACGAAAGAUGAAGCGGAAAGACAAGAGGGAACUGCGUGUUCUGCUCCUAGGUCUGGACAAUGCUGGAAAGACGACCAUUCUGAAGAAAUUAGCGCAUGAAGAGGCUCAAAAUAUCUCGCCCACAGAAGGAUUCAACAUCAAAAGUGUAGCAUCGGGAGGUAUAAAUUUAAAUGUUUGGGAUAUUGGAGGACAACGGAAACUUAGGCCGUACUGGAAAAAUUAUUUCCAAAACACAGAUGUUUUAAUCUAUGUGGUAGAUAGUGCUGACCAUGGAAGAUUUGAAGAGACAAGUACGCAACUUUCUGAUUUGUUGGACGAAGACGGGUUACAAGGGGUACCUCUAUUAGUAUACGCCAAUAAACAGGAUCUUCUCGGUGCUGCAUCUCCGGCAGAGAUCUCGGAUGCGAAAAACCUUGAUCUUCAAAGAAUACGUGAUAGGGCAUGGCAAAUACAAAGUUGUUCGGCUGUUACGGGAGAGGGUUUAAGCAAAGGUAUGGAGUGGGUUAUGAAGAACAUGAAGAAGUAAGAGAGCUAACAAUCAUCCUAAGCUAAAGGCUAUAAGUA